AUUUGUAUUGUCACUGUGUUCGUCCUUUUCUCAGCAAAAUCUCUGAAACAGCGAAACUCUCCCUCUCUCUCUCUUCUGUACUUUCCUCGUGUUCUCUCUCUCUCUCUCUCUCUCUCUCAAACACACACACACACACUUCACGAACUCCAUCACUCCAACAACACACAGAUUCUAUCUCCUCUCUCUCUCUCUCUGACACACACACACACACACACUCUGUUUCCAUUUUAUCUCUUUGGGCCAUUCAUUCUCGCAAGUAACUCUUGUUUGUUUUAUUAAAUGGCUGAGACUCGCCGGCGAAGAUGAAGUUUUCCGGCAAGGGGAGUUUUCCGGUGGGCAUUGCUUUGAGGAGCGUGAACAACCCUUCGCCGGACUCAGAUCUUGAACCGGCGAAGCCAUUUCUGCGGCGGAAUCCGAGAACUCCGGGGACACGGUUGAGGAGACACGGUGGCAAACGGAGCAGACCCGAAACCCCUCUUUUGAAGUGGAAGAUCCAUGACGAUCCACUUGAAGACGACCAGAAGUCUUCCGUCGCUGGGUCCCGCCGGAGAACGUGCCGGAGCGCCAAGAAGCAAGCCGAAGUCGCUGUGUCGGCGAGGAGACUCGCCGCCGGGCUGUUACGGUUGCAUCUACCGGAGACGGCCACGGGUGAUGGCCGGAAGGGGUUGGAACAUAAGCAUGGAAUUGGUCACCCAGGGCUCCAGUUUCUUGGUCAUCCUAAUGGCAUGACCCAUGGUUCUGAUCUGAAGAAGAAUUCAUCUCAAAGUCCCCGUUCCAUAUUUGGUACAAGGAAUGGACACUUCUGUGAGCCUGAAAGUUUCCAGCUUCCCAACAAUGAAAUGGAGGGUGCAACAAAAUGGGAUCCUUUAUGUUCAAAAACAUCAGAGGGAGCGCAGCAUAUCUACAGCCACAUGAAACAUCUUGACCAAAAGGCAAGUGCUGUAUCUGUUGUAUCUGCUCUAGGAGCUGAACUAGAGCAGGCACGAACACGAAUUCAGGAACUUGAGACUGAACACCACUCCUCCAAAAAGAAGCUUGAGCAUUUUCUCAAGAAAGUCAGUGAGGAAAGGGCCCAAUGGAGAAGCAAAGAGCAUGAGAAAAUCCGCGCAUACAUUGAUGACAUUAAAGCAGAGUUGAAUCGAGAAAGGAAAAAUCGCCAGAGGAUUGAAAUUGUCAAUUCGAGGUUGGUUAAUGAGUUGGCAGAUGUCAAACUCUCUGCAAAGCGCUACAUGCAGGAUUAUGAGAAGGAAAGGAAGGCCAGAGAAUUGAUCGAGGAAGUGUGUGAUGAGCUUGCCAAGGAAAUUGGAGAAGACAAGGCUGAAGUUGAAGCAUUGAAGAGGGAAUCUAUGAAACUCAGGGAAGAAGUGGAAGAGGAGAGGAAGAUGUUACAGAUGGCAGAAGUAUGGCGUGAAGAACGAGUUCAAAUGAAGUUGAUAGAUGCUAAAGUUGCUCUUGAAGAGAAGUAUUCACAGAUGAAUAAACUCGUUGCAGAUUUGGAAAGCUAUAUCAGGUCAAAAAGCACAGAGCCGAACACAAUGGACAUGAAAGAGGCACAGUCACUUCAACAGGCUGCAGCUGCAAUGAACAUUCAAGACAUUAAGGGAUUUUCAUAUGAACCCCCUAACUCUGAUGACAUUUUUGCCAUUUUUGAAGAUGCAAAUUUUGGUGAAGCAAAUGAGAGGGAGAUUGAACAAUAUGUUUCUCACAGUCCUGCUAGUCAUGCCUCAAAUAUUCACAUGGUGAGUCCUGAAGCCAAUGAAAUAAGUAAAGGUGGCAUUCAGAGGCGUUCUGAUGUAUUUAUGGAUGAUAAUGGGGAUAUAGAAGGAGAUGAAAGUGGAUGGGAGACUGUGAGCCAUGUCGAGGAUCAAGGCUCAAGUUAUUCACCAGAAGGGAGUAGCCGAUCUUUGAACAGGAAUCACCGAGAGAGUAACGUCUCAGGGAGAAGUGUACUUGAAUGGGAAGAAACUGCAGGUGAGGAGACACCAAUAACUGAAAUAAGUGAAGUGUGCUCUAUACCAACUAAGCAAGCAAAAAAGGUAUCAUCCAUAACGAAGCUUUGGAGGUCAACAUAUCCAAACAAUGGGGAUAAUUACAAGAUAAUCUCUGUGGAGGGAAUGAAUGGGAGACUUUCAAAUGGAAUGUUAUCUAAUGGUGUCAUCAUGUCUCCUGAUCAUGGAUCAGGUAAAGGUGGGCUGAGUCCCCAAGACCUUCUAUACCAGUUGAGUCCCGAGUCAGGAAGUCCACAUGCACAUCAAGGCAUGAAGGGAUGCAUUCCUCGCACUGCACAGAAGAAUAGUUUGAAAGCCAGACUUAUGGAGGCGAGAAUGGAAAGCCAGAAGGUUCAGUUGCGCCAUGUUCUUAAACAGAAGAUUUAGUUUUGGGCAUAGGCAUUGCACAGAUUGCCAACCUGCAAAAUUGAUAAAUGAUUGAUGAAAAGCAGUUCAUUUUAGAUUGUGAGGGUACAAAUAUGCUGCUUUAUGGAAAAAUCUGCUUAGAGUGAUGAGGGGUCAUGAAUAGAUGCACAUUUUCUGCCUCAUUCUAGUUUUUAUUUCAGUUCUUCAUUAUCAUUCAUAUUAAGCUUUAAAAGCAGAUAAUCUUCUCAUUCUCUUGUGCUAAAUACCUCAAAACCUGGGAUAUCUUGGGAAAUUGCUCGCUUUGUCAUCUGUGAUUACAGGCCCUACUUCACUGGGUAAGGUCUUGAGAAAAUUAUGAGAAGCAUGUAGCAUAUGUUGUACUUGUAUCAAUUCUAUUCAGAGGACAAAUGUGAUGGAAAAAAGAUCGUCACAUAAUAUAGAUGAUAGCAUUAUCUACUCCAGAUUUUGAUUUUCUAUCAUUGUGUAUGUCGCUUAGGAUUUGUUGUAGAUUGUAUUUUAGGAGGUGGCAAGGAUGAUUUGUGGUUCCGGGACAAAAAAAUAUAACUUAAUACUUAUUAUGGGACCGUUUCCUCUUUC